AUGUCUCUGGCCAACUCGACGGCAAGCGUGUGCGUGUGGUGGAUGCCCCGUGGCCGUCCAUUGUGGGGCGCGAGUUCUGGCUGGACACAAGCUGGGACGAGCACUGGUUUCUGUUUCACGACGACAGCGCUUUACAGGUGGCGGGGCGACCGAGCGAGCAGGACGUGGUGGAGCGCAGUGACAGGGGAUUGGUGGAGGGACGCCGCGUGGCGACAGUGCGGAUACUGGAGUAGGUGCAGAGACAACAAUACUCACUUCCAUAUGGAACUGGAAUACGGCGUGUCGACAUGCGGAAAAUGGACUGUUGGACACGAUCUUUGCUUUGGAAGUGUGGAGAAGGCAAUGCCGUCACCAACGCAACGACAGACGCCGUCUGCUGGACGCAGUGGUGGCAUUGGUAGUACACCUUUUUAUGACCACGCCAAUUUGUUCUCCUACCAUGCGUGCUUGUGUGUGUGU